AUGUCAUAUAUUAUUUUCAACAUAGUCUUUUGUGGGCUGCAAGUGAUGGCAGAAGACACAUACAAUUUUCCCUUGUAAUCAAAUUAGCCAAACAUAAUCUACUUAGAAGAUUAUACUCCUGAUAAAUUUUAAGCUCCCCUCUAUUAAUUGGAAAGAGAUAAUGAAUAUAAUUUGAAUAUUCAACAAUCUGCUUUAAGUCUCUAAUAAGGACAAUUCAACUUGAAUGGAAAAAUAUUAUCAGCUAGCAAUUACAUUUCUGAAUCUCAAUUAAGUUCGAAUGACUUUUGGGUUCUAACAUAAAGUAAUUUAUAUCAAGGAUUACUAUAGAACAAUGGAAGUCUUACAUUAAAUUAAGUACCUUUUAAUUUUACUUAAUUAAGUUGCUUUUAUAUUAAUUUAGUAACAGAGAAUAUGGGAAUGAUAAGUUGUCUCUAAAAGAAAUAUUUGAAUUUCGUAUUAAUUAAUCUUUCUAACUAUUCUCAUCAAAUCUAUGAAACCAAUGUUACCUUCCCUAAAAAAUUUAGUAAUCGGAAAAUAAAUUUACAAUAUUUUAAUUAAAGCGCAUUUAAUAUUUAUUUGACUUAUUUAACUAAAGAUAAUGCUACUGCAAUUAGUUUUAGUUACAACCUGAAAUAAUUGGAUUAUGCAAGUGAAUAAGUUUAUAAUGGCACAUUCAUCUAGAUUGUGUUAUCUCAAGACUUUAAUUUCUUAUUUCUGAUGAGUAAGAAAUCACUUUAUUUUAUAAACUUGUCAACUCAGAGUAGCUUCAAAGAAAUAGCCAAUUAUAAAAUGACAACACCUAGAAUAAGAGAACAUUUUAGUUAAAUGGCUGUGUAUUAGCUAUCAAAAAACAUAUAUCAUGUUGUAUUGUUAUAAAACGAAUACUUGUCAUAAUUGUAUUAUGAUUUUAAUUCAAAUAUAUAAACCGAGAAUCAUAAGCAUUUCGUAUUGAAUGCCUAUAAAAAAAUAAUUUAAUUAGAGGUAAACGUAAAUUCAAUCUAUGUUGUUACAAAUAAUUAUGUUACUAAAUUGAACUCAAUUUCAUCAAUAAAACCUACAAAUUACUAUAAUUAUUCAUUGACGAGUAUGGCACUAAUAAUGAAUGAAAGAUAAAUUGCCAUUUUAUUUGAUACAAGUGAAUAGUCAACGAAAUUUGAAAGCAUGUUAUUUAAUAAACCAUAAAUUUUGGUUAAUGUAUAUUAAACUCAAUUGAUGGUAUCAAAUUUGUAAGCAGUCAAAAUAAAAAUAAAAAUAUUUUCAUAAAUUUAACGUUAAAUUGAACAUACUUUUUUAUUGAAUAUAAUAAUGUCGGAUAUUAGUUAAUCUUAAUGUCCUGUUUAAUUUUCCAAUAAUUUCCCAAAUGCUAAUUUGGUGUACCCAAUAGAAACGACAGUUAAAGGUAACACAAUGACGCUAGGUCCCAAUAUUACUACAACAAUUACAAAUUCGGACAAACAGUAUUUAACCUUCCAAAAAUCUAAAAUAAACAAAUAUCUUUCAGAUUCCAAUGAAACUUAUUCAGCAAUGUGUAGCAUCUAUAGAUCUUAAAUCAUCACUUGUGCUUAAUUUGAAGAUGAAGUCAGAAUUUAAUACUCAGAUUCUUUAUAAUUAACAAAGACAAGCACUUAUUUUGUUGUGCCUAUAAAUUUCAAUUAAAAUCUUGUUUAGUGUACCUGUUCUUAAACAUUUUUUUAAAUUGAAGUACUGAUGUAGUUUUAAACCUAAAUAUUAAUCUAGACUAUCGAUUAUUAAUUAUUUUAGUAAGGGUUGUAUUAGUAUUCAUUCAGUUAGGGAAUCUUAAGUUCAGCAUUUCUUGAUGAAACAUUAUUUGUAAUCACAACUGAUAAUAAUUUAUCAGCAUAUUCUAAAAACAACAAUAAAAAUCCUAAAUUUACUGUUUAAAAUUAUCAAUUCAAUUAAAUCUACUUAAACAAAUAAAAUUAUCCAAAUUAUCUAUUUAUUGAUAAUUAAUAAAGCUUAGUCAUUUUAUCAUAUAAUGGAUAGUCAUCUUGUUAAUUUGUAAAUUAGAUUCCUUAUCCACUACUGAGUUAUGAGUAAUUAAAAUUAGGUAUUUUGAAUACCGGGAUUUUCAUAGCUAUAAUAAAUAAUUAGAGGAACACAUAAUUGUAUUAUUAUCCUAUCUAGUCAGUUUACAUUGAUAGUCCAAUCCAAUCAUAUUAUGAAUUGAAUUUAUUGGGAUAUUAAUUUGCUUUUUCUUAACUUUAAACAGGCUAUACUUAACAUAAUUUUUAUAUCAUUUUAUAUAAAUCCACAUCAGUUUAUUGGGCUUAAUAUUAGGGAAGUGGAUCAUCAUUUUUUUCCUUGUUUUAAUCAAAUUGGAUCCAAGCAAUUUCAUCUUCUAAUUACAUAUCCUCGCUUAGUGUUAUUGAAUUUGAAUAAGGAAAACAAAUAUUAGAAUACCUCUAGAUCAUCAAUACUAAAACUGAAUUCAAGAAGUAUGUGAUUACAGAUUGGAGUGUUGAAUUGACUCCUCUGUAUAGAGCUGGUGACCUUGCUGUUUAAACAUAAGUUACCUACAACGCAUCAAAUAUGUUAUGCUAUAGUCUUCAAUAAUAAGACGUUACCAUCCUAUAUGAUAAAAAAGUCAUUUUGCCUCAGAUAUAAGGUUUGGAAAAAAAGACUAUUGAAUUAACAGUGAAUCAGAGCCAAUUCGAAGUGAAUCCUUUAGAAUUUUUUAAUGGAAAUGUUGAUAAUUACACUGCAACUUGCAAAAACUGUUAAUAAUUCAAUUUUACUCAACCUGUGAGUCAGCAAAAUUAAGUAUUGUUAGGUCAGUAUUUAUAAGGACUAAUUUCUUUAAAUGAGACAUUCCUUUAUGUUCAAAAUAAUUUAAGUGUAUUCUUAUUGGAAUAAUCAACAGGAUAACUAACAAAAUUAUAUGAUUUUCCUAAAAGAGCAUAAUUUUGUUAUAAUUUGUUUGUUGAGAUAGUCACUUAAUUCCCAAUAUCUAUUUGUUCAAAUAGUAUUAUAUACAGUUACAAUAUGACAUCUAAAACUAUUAUGCAGUAUGAUCUUUCCAAUUUGGUUACACUCUACCUUAAGUUCUACAAUAAUGGCAUUUUAUAAAUAAUUUCUUAGACCAAUAUUUACCACAAUUACAACUAAUAUUACUUACAAAUCAUAGAUGAUGAAAUUAUUUUAACACAAAUAUAUACUUAUGCAAGGUUUUAAUAAACUAGUUAGAUAGAUCAAGUGAUUGUAAAGCUAUCCUCUAAUUUUACUUCUGACCCAUGUUAGAUACUUGGAUUUUAAAAUUAAAUUGCUGAAAAUCUUAAUCCAAAAUUUUACUUACUUAAAACUUGUAUGCCAUCAUCAAUUGCAUAAUACUUUGGAUUUCCAGGCAAUUAAUAUACUAAUGUUACCAAUCUCUAUUUUUUAAUUUAAGAUUGGAUGCUUACAUAGACCUAAGUGGUGAGUGUUUCUGUUUCAAAAUAUAUGUAAUAGGUUGGAUCGCCAAAACCUAUUAGUGAUCAAGUUAAUCAAAUACUUAUAGCUUGUCCGUAUACUGACAAUGUUAGAGUAUAUAGGAUAUAGUUUAAUUUAACAAAUGGAAGGAUAAUUGGAUAUUAAUUUUCUGGAUCUUUGUUUUUAGAUUUUUCUUCAUAAUACUCAUUAAAUUGUGCAAAUAAUGUAAUUUUUCUACAUAACGUUUCUGUAAUCUCACAGAAUCAAUCAUAGAACUUAUAUAUUUAUAAUGUUGAACAUUUGUUUUAUUCUAAUUUGCAAAUUGUUCCAUAUAUAAGUUAUAUGCCAAACAUAUUUAGCUCCUCAAAAGUAUUGUUUUAAGUGAAUGGAAAUAACUUGUUGUUUUCUGGAUUUUAGGAGAGUAGAUCAAUAAUUAUUACAAUAUAAAAUGAUUUAAGAUUCAAUGUUAGUGUGUAAGAGAGUGAAUAAGCGGAAAUUGAGAUUCUAGCUUUAAAUCAAUAAAGUCAGUGUUAAAGGUCUUUGUUUGUAAUGGAUGAAUAGAAUGACGAUAAUAAUGAUGAUGAUGAUGAUGAUAAUAAUGAUGAUGAUGAUGAUAAUAAUGAUGAUGAUAAUAAUAAUGAUGAUAAUGAUGAUAAUGAUGAUGACGAUAUUGAUAAUCCAAAUCAAAAAUCUAAAUCAAGUCUCAUCAUUAUAGUUUCAGCAAGCGUACUUUUGCUUAUUAUUAUUAUUUUCAUCAUCGUAAUAUACUGUAGAAGAAAAGAAGUCCAAAAACAGAACAAAGAAAUGUCAUAUUAAUUAGUAUGA